AUGGCUCUAGCUCGAGUUGCUGCAGGGGUGCUGCUGGCGGCGAUCGGCUGUGUGCUCUCUGUGGCCGCGGAUAAUCCGAGCACGACAUCCCCGCAACCCUUCGUCUGGCAGAAGGCGCAUGCGACGUUCUACGGCGGUGCUGACGCCUCCGAUACAAUGGGGGGCGCGUGCGGGUACCGCAACCUCUUCUCUGAAGGCUACGGGACGCGCACGGCGGCUCUGAGCACUGUGUUGUUCAAUGACGGCGCCGCGUGCGGGCAGUGCUACAAGAUCGCAUGCGACCGGAAGCGAGCGGACCCGUUGUUUUGCAAGCCCGGCGUGACGGUGACUGUCACUGCCACGAACUUUUGCCCGCCCAACGACGCCCUCCCCAAUGACAACGGAGGCUGGUGCAACCCGCCACGGCCACACUUCGACAUGGCCCAGCCGGCAUGGGAGAAGAUCGGUGUUUAUAGAGGUGGCAUCAUCCCCGUCAUGUACCAGAGAGUUCCAUGUGUUAAGCGGGGUGGCGUCAGGUUCAGAAUCAAUGGUCAUGAUUACUUCAAUCUUGUGCUUGUGAGCAACGUUGGUGCAGCAGGCUCGAUCAAGUCCAUGGAUGUCAAGAGCUCUGAUUCCAACGACUGGAUGCCCAUGGCACGCAAUUGGGGCGCUAACUGGCACUCGCUGGCGAACCUCACCGGCAAGAUGCUCUCCUUUAGACUAACCAACACUGAUGGACACAUGCUUGUGUUCAACAACGUUGUGCCGAAGGGAUGGAACUUUGGGCAAUCAUUUGCUAGCAAGUUGCAAUUCUAA